AUGUUGCAAGUCAACUCGGUCAUUUGCUGCCGUGCCUCUCCAGCGCAGAAAGCACUGCUGGUAAGCACCGUCCGGUCUCGUCUCAAGAAGUACCAUGGCAGGAAACGUCGAGGCCUGACCCUGGCCAUCGGCGACGGUGCAAAUGACUUGGCCAUGAUCUCAGCCAGCCACGUGGGCAUCGGCAUAUCUGGAAAGGAAGGUCUUCAAGCAGCUCGUGUGGCAGACUAUGCCAUUGCUCAAUUUCGGUUUCUGCAGAGGAUGCUGCUUGUCCACGGACGAUGGAAUUACAUUCGUACCGCCAAGUUCAUUCUUUACACGUUCUGGAAGGAAAUGUUCUUCUACCUGCCAACAGCGCAGUAUCAAAGAUAUACUGGCUACAGCGGCACGUCUCUGUAUGAAGCUACCAGUCUGACUGUUUUCAACACCCUUUUUACGAGUCUCUGCGUUAUCUGUAUGGGAAUUUGGGAGCAAGAUCUCAGCGCUGAGACACUGCUGGCCGUUCCCGAGCUUUAUGUCUACGGGCAGCGCAACCAGGGCCUCAACAUAUGGAAGUUUGGUCGAUGGAUGCUUCUCGGUGCCAUUGAGGGUGUGGUCUGUUGGUAUGGCGUCUGGGCUGGCUAUGGUUGGAUCUCACCAGCAGCGCGCGACCAAGGUUUGUAUGCCCUGGGGACGCUCACAUUUUCAGUUGGAGUUCUCUGGAUCAACUGGAAACUUUUCAUUUUCGAAACCCAUUACAAGUCUACCAUUGUCAUGGUAUCUUUCUUUGUUACUACUAUCGGCUGGUUCGCUUGGCUGUGUUUCCUUGACGCAGCCUAUGCGGGUAGCCCGUCCGGGCCAUACGCUAUUCGAAAUAGUUUCACGGAAGUAUUUGGGGCCGAUGCAGUAUGGUGGGCAACACUAUUCAUCGUACUUGGGCUCCUGGGUCUGUUCGAGAUCGUGCUCAAAUGCGUCAAACGUCUUCUCCUAAUUGCUGGACUUUGGGAUUGGCCUCCCUGGGGAAAGAGUCGUCGCGGUGAGAACAUCGAAGAAUGGGACGUUGAGCUAUGGCAGGAGCUAGAGCAGGAUCCGGCGUUACGAGAGCGCUUAAAGCGACUUGCUCGUGAUGAGCAGUUGGAAGAGGAGGAUGAAUUCGAGCACGGCAUAGAGGAAGGGCUCCGGGGACGUUGA